AUGUCGAGGUCGUUGCUCUCGGCACAUCUUGAGCAAAUCGCAAUCUCAUGCCAGGGCAUAAAUGAACUCCCAUUUCCACCCCCGAAGAUCUUCACGAACGCCCUGCUUGCCAGCGAUGACAUCACCUCACUGAUCCGCGACACCGAGACUCAUGAACGCGCCCUCUUCUCCGUGCCGCCGCCGCCGCCUCCCCAACAGCAGCAACAACAACCUCGAAGAACCCAAGCCCUAGAUGACGACGCCGAUGCCCGCGGUAACACCAAGCGUCGGCAGACCGUCUUCAAUGUCGCGGCGGGUGAGGUGACGACGGGACCUCCACCGGGCCACCGGAAUGCUGUUAGCGCGCGUCGUAACACCGCCGUGGCCGCUGUAUUGGGAGGCGACCUACAUGGCCAGAUCACGCGUGGCAGCCACGGCGGCGGCGAGGUCGACAUUGAGGUCUUGCUGCGCGGUGCUGAGAAGCUGUGCCACGUCUACCCCCUGCCAGGUGCACUUGAGCGAAUCCCCGAAAUGCGCCAGAAGUAUGCGCAUCAGCGUAACACGCUGGCCUACUACGAAGCCCGCGUGGCGGAGCAGACGUCGCGGCUGGAGCGCAUGAACAGGGACAGGUAUGCAGAAGAGGACGACACACAGGAUGACGAGGAGGCUGAGGACCAGGGAGUUGAUGACGGCUUUACGGAAGAGGAUCUGAGGAGAGAAGAGGAGGAGGUGCGUGAGCUCGACAGAAAGAAAAAGGAACUGCAGCAGCGAUUGAAGGCCAUGGAUAAAGAUCUUGGUGGGCUCUUGAACAUUUGA